AUGGCGAAGCUCGGCCGGACGGAAAUGAAUAGGAGCCUCGAGACCCUCUUGGACCUCGACAAAUUGGGUGCUGCAGGUAAAAACGCUGAGCCGCCUGCACCGCGGAAGAUGGUUCCCGGCCAAGGUGUUGAAUUCAGCAGCCUCUCAUACAGUGUGAUAAAGAAGCAGAAGAAGGAUGGGGAGUGGAUUAAGAGAGAAGCUUAUCUUCUUAAUGACAUCUCUGGGCAGGCCAUCAAGGGUGAAAUUAUGGCCAUCAUGGGGCCUAGUGGUGCUGGAAAAUCCACUUUUCUUGAUGCCCUGGCUGCUCGGAUUGCACAAGGGAGCCUUGCAGGAUCUGUUAAAAUCGAUGGAAAGCCAGUAACAACAAGCUACAUGAAAAUGUUAUCUUCAUACGUGAUGCAAGACGACCAGCUCUUCCCCAUGUUGACAGUGUUUGAGACAUUCAUGUUUGCAGCCGAGGUCAGGCUUCCUCCUUCCAUUUCCAGGGCUGAAAAGAGAAACAGAGUCCAUGAGCAAUUCCUUGAUCAACUCGGCUUGCAGAGUGUAACACAAACAUAUAUUGGUAAUGAGGAGACGAGAGGGGUGUCGGGAGGGGAACGGCGGAGGGUGUCGAUCGGAAUCGACAAAAUCCACAAGCCAUCGUUACUGUUCCUUGACGAACCAACCUCAGGUCUGGAUUCCACAAGUGCUUACAGUGUGGUGGAGAAGGUGAAGGACAUUGCUAAAGGUGGCAGCAUUGUCCUCAUGACCAUCCACCAGCCUUCCUAUAGAAUUCAAAUGCUCCUCGACCGCAUCACUGUCCUUGCAAGGGGAAGACUGGUAUAUUUGGGAAGCCCACGUGCGCUUUCUGCUCACCUAGCUGGAUUUGGAAGGCCUACACCAGAUGGUGAGAACAGCCUUGAGUAUCUCCUAGAUGUGAUCAAAGAGUAUGAUGAAUCAACAGUAGGGCUAGACCCAUUGGUGCUGUACCAACGAGAGGGCAUCAAACCUGAUCAAGUGGCCAAAACUCCCAUUCCAAAAACACCUCGGACACCUUACAAAAAGAGCCCUGCUGCAUCUAGGCAUAUGAUCAGCCUCCGUAGUACUAAUGCAUUCUCUAAUUCCAGUUCCCAAACACCUCAACCGGAAUCCGGACGAGAUGAUUACGAUGACGAUGAUGAGGAAGAUGAUGAUGACAAUUUUGACAACUCACUUGAAAGGAAAAUGGUACACACACCACUGCACAGUAGCAUCUAUAAUCCUCGUUUAGCUUCUCAGUUCUACAAAGAUUUCUCAAUAUGGAUCUACCAUGGUGUCAAGAGAACCCCCGGUCGACCGCCGUCAUGGACUCCGGCUAGAACACCUGGACGGACCCCCGGAGUACUCACUCCGGGACCAAGAAGCCUAGCUUCAAGCCAAUAUACUACACCUCAACACAAUCCUCCUAGAACUCCUGCAGUCUUUAGCCCGUCCAUGAAUUCUUAUGCACCAACUUCUUAUGCAGCAACUUCUUAUGAAGAAUUUGAGGUGGGAGAAGUGCUUGAUGAGCCGCCGCAUCACGGCCCCAAAUAUGCAAACCCGUGGAUCCGUGAGGUUGCCGUCCUCUCAUGGCGGACCGCGCUCAACGUAAUUCGAACUCCAGAACUCUUCCUUUCACGGGAGAUUGUGUUGGCAGUAAUGGCAUUCAUUCUAUCUUCCCUCUUCAAAAACCUCAGUCAUCCUACCUUCAAAGACGUCAACCGGCUUCUCAACUUCUACAUCUUCACAGUCUGCCUUGUUUUCUUCUCCUCCAACGAUGCCGUGCCGACAUUCAUCCAAGAAAGAUUCAUCUUCAGCAGAGAGACAUCCCACAAUGCUUAUCGCGCUUCUUCUUACGUCAUUUCCUCGCUUCUCGUGUAUCUGCCGUUCUUUGCAAUCCAAGGUCUCACAUUUGCAGCCAUCACCAAAAUCAUCCUUGGACUCAAAAGCAAUGUCCUCUACUUCUGGCUGACCCUCUAUGCCUCUCUCAUUACAACUUAUGUGAUGCUUGUUAGUGCACUUGUUCCAAGCUACAUUACAGGAUAUGCUGUUGUGAUUGCCACCACAGCUCUCUUCUUCCUCACUUGCGGCUUCUUCCUGAAAAGAACUCAAAUCCCACUAUACUGGAGGUGGCUGCAUUACAUCUCAGCAAUCAAAUACCCUUUUGAGGCACUGUUGACAAAUGAAUUCAAAGGCAGCAGGUGCUAUAAUGGGCAGCAACAGGAUCUUUCACCAGGUCCUUUGGGACAGGUGAAUAUCAGCAGUCUGCACAUCAGAACUAUUGCACAACUGCCAAAGGAUUGCAUGUUAAUCGGACAAGAUGUCUUGUUCUCAAUGGGUAUAGGCGAAAACCAUCGAAUUUGGUACGACAUAGGAAUCUUGCUGGCUUGGGGAGUUCCUUAUCGCCUCUUCUUCUACUUGGUUCUGAGAUUUUACUCCAAGAAUGAGAGGAAAUGA